AUGGUUUUCUCAGCAAUGUUGACGCUGGCCCACUCUGGGACCUCAAAUGCUACUUUUAUUGUUUAUGAAAAUCCCUAUACGAAUUUUACCACUCCCCAGUUCUUGCUUCGUAGUGGCACAACACAGCCAUUGAGAUAUAGUUCAGGUGCCGUGCUCACUACUGAGAGAAGUACUUUUCUGGUAAACACUACAGCUAUCCUGCCAUCGCAAGAAGUUUUCAGGAGCUUGAGUUUGCCACUCCAGAUCAUUCUUUCUGCUGCUAUGAUAUUUAUCCUAUUGGUUUCUUUCCUCGGAAACUUUGUUGUCUGCCUCAUGGUCUACCAGAAGGCAGCUAUGAGAUCUGCAAUUAACAUCCUCUUAGCAAGCCUGGCUUUUGCAGACAUGCUGCUGGCAGUGCUGAACAUGCCUUUUGCUCUGAUAACAAUCAUUACCACUCAGUGGAUUUUUGGGGAUAUAUUCUGCAGAGUCUCUGCCAUGUUCUUCUGGCUUUUUGUCAUAGAAGGGGUAGCCAUUCUUCUUAUUAUUAGUAUUGACCGAUUUCUUAUCAUAGUUCAGAGGCAAGAUAAACUGAACCCUUACCGUGCAAAGAUUCUCAUAGUGAUUUCCUGGGCGGCAUCCUUUGUUGUUGCUUUUCCGUUAUCAGUAGGGAAUCCUAACCUGCAGAUACCCUCGAGAGCACCUCAGUGUGUUUUUGGCUACUCUACAAGCCCAGGCUACCAAGCCUACGUGAUAGUUAUCUUGCUAAUUUCUUUUUUUAUUCCAUUCCUGGUAAUGCUGUAUUCUUUUAUGGGCAUACUCAACACGGUCCGUCACAAUGCAGUUCGUAUCCAUAGCCACCCUGAUAGCAUAUGCCUCAGCCAGGCCAGCAAACUUGGUCUCAUGAGCUUACAGAGACCUUUUCAGAUGAAUAUCGAUAUGAGCUUUAAAACUCGUGCCUUCACAACCAUCCUGAUUUUGUUCCUUGUCUUCAUAGUCUGUUGGGCGCCCUUCACCACUUACAGCCUUAUUGCCACAUUCAACAGCCACUUCUACUACAAGCACAACUUUUUUGAGAUAAGCACUUGGCUCCUUUGGCUCUGCUACCUCAAGUCUGCACUGAACCCACUGAUUUACUACUGGAGGAUUAAGAAGUUUCAUGACGCAUGCUUGGACUUGAUGCCCAAAUACUUCAAGUUUUUGCCACAGCUACCUGGCCAUACAAGGCGGCGCAUUCGACCCAGUGCCAUCUAUGUGUGUGGGGAGCACCGGUCGGUGGUGUGA